AUGGCUUGCCAGUUCUUUCUUAACGUUCUCGUUGUCGCUCUCACUGCCAUCCAUCUAUCCGAUGAACACAAAAUGCUCACGAGAGCACAAGCUGUUGUCGGUCAUAAUGCAUCUUCUCCAAAGAUGGAAAAUCACGAAAGAAAUACAAGUGCAAACUUGGGAAGGAAAUCGCUUGUGAUGCGAUUCAAAAGACAAGCAUACCGAGAUAGCAAUUAUCCUCGAACAAUAUGGUCUGAUGGACCAGUACCGUUCACAAUCGACUCUAGACUUCCAAAGCAUGCUAGAUCGAUUGUUUUGAAAUCAGUGGCCUUUUGGCGUGAUAACACUUGCAUCGAUUUUGCGUUCAAUGGUCGCGGACGGAAUUCAAUUGCUUUCAUUCGCGGAAAAGGUUGCUACAGCAGUAUUGGCCGUGUUUGGUACGCCCGAAGUCAAGCGUUAUCAGUGGGUCAAGAAUGUGAGCAUUCGCCUAAUUAUCGAAUAAUGCAUUUCUUACAGUUCCACACAAUAACACAUGAAUUGGCGCAUGCACUAGGCAUCUUCCAUACGCAGAGCCGCACUGAUCGUGAUCGCUAUGUGACAAUCAUAUCUGGAAAUGCUGAGCACAGUCAACGAAGUAAUUUUAUCGCUGAGAGUUCGCGAGUCAGUGAAAAUUACGGUAUACCAUAUGAGUACGGCAGUGUGAUGCACUACAGGAAUCAUGAGUUUUCAGUGAACAAUUAUCCAACUGUCGUUGCACGUGAUCCAUUGCAUCGUCAGACGAUGGGCAGUGGUACAGGACCAUCAUUUUUGGAUGUGCUUCUUGUUAAUAAGCAUUACAACUGUCUUGAUCGCUGUAAGAAGUACAAUACAAGUUGUGUGAAUGGUGGCUACCCGCAUCCACGACGAUGUGACUAUUGCAUGUGUCCGUCUGGUUUUGGGGGACGCUUCUGUGAAACUAAGGUAGCCCUUCUUCAACGAAUAAUUAAUGCAUUUCCAUAG